UAACUGGCACAAAAAAGUAUAUUCUGGGAUCUGCCAUACUGGGAGGAUCAUUUGCUAAGGCAUAAUUUAGAUGUCAUGCACAUUGAGAAGAACUUUUUUGACAACCUCAUGAACACGAUCCUUAACGUUCAAGGUAAAACAAAGGAUAAUUUGAAUUCAAGACUGGAUUUAGUUGAUAUAUGUGAUCGUUCAGAACUUCAUGUUGAUGGGAAUGGUAGGGCUCCUUUUCCCAUAUACCGACUUGAUGCAGAGGGAAAAAAUGCGUUCUUCGAUUGGAUUUCAAACGAUGUGGAGUUUCCAGACGGUUAUGCAUCUAAUUUGCGUAACUGUAUCGACAGAAAGGAAGGAAAGUUUAUUGGUUUAAAAAGUCACGAUUGUCAUGUGUUGAUGCAGCGCUUACUUCCGUUUGCUUUCAAGGAACUAUUACCACGAAAUGUUCAUGAAGCAAUAGCAGGGAUAAGUGCUUUCUUCCGCGAUUUAUGCGCCAGAUCAGUGACUCUUGAAGGUAUUGAAAAUCUGAAGACUAACAUAGCCAUGAUUCAGUGCAACCUUGAGAAGAUAUUUCCUCCCUCAUUUUUUGAUGUUAUGGAGCAUCUUGUUAUUCACCUGGCAAGAGAAUUGGAACUUGGUGGUCCUGUGCAGUAUAGAUGGAUGUAUCUGUAUGAGCGGUAUAUGUUCCAUUUGAAGAAGAUGGUGAAAAAUCUAAGUAGGGUGGAAGGUUCUAUAGUCGCACAGAUGAUCAAUGAAGAAAUUUCAAACUUUGCUGAGUACUACUUUCCAGCAGAAGUUCAGACCAAAAACAGAAGACCUGCACGGCACGAUGAUAGAGGCGAACGGGCAACAUACCAUGUUACGGUUCCUGACAUUUUCACAGAUGUUGGACGACUUAGCGGAAAAUCAAAGGACCGUCGACUUACUGAGCAGGAGCGCAGUCAUUUGCAAACAUAUUUGCUCACCAACUGCGAAGAUGUUCUUCAAUAUGAGAGGAUUUUCAUGGCAGAAAAGCGGUUCGAAUAUAGAUACGCUACAGAGGCAGAACUAGAAGAAAUGAAGCAAAGAGAAUUUGCUGGAUGGAUGUUUACUUAUGUGUCUGCUGGUUUGGCCAGAGGUGAAACAUUUGACGAUUGGAUACGCGAGAUGGUGGUUGGACCAAACUAUGUUGUGAAGUCAUAUCCGAGAUUUUGUACUCGAGGAUAUGCAUUCACAACUGAAAAGACGAAACGUUCGCGUACGACCUAUGAUGCUGGCGUUUGUUCUGCAUCGGGAGAUGAUGUAUACUACGGACACAUACAUGAGAUUUUGGAAAUCAAGUAUUUAGGCCUGCUUGGAUUGCGCUGUACUGUUUUCUAUUGUGAUUGGCACGACAUCACUCCAGAUCGAGGUGUGAGAACAGAUGCAUUUGGUGUUACAUCAGUUAAUUCGAGACGAAAGCUGCAAUAUUAUGAUCCUUUCAUUCUUGCUUCUCAGGCCGAUCAGGUUUGUUAUAUCAAGUACCCCCGGAUAAGAAACAGAGAUGAUCCAUGGGUUACUGUUACCAGACUCAACCCGAGAGAUUCAGAUUCAUCUGCUGAUGAUGAGUCGGAAUCAGAGUAG